AUGGUUGUUGUGCCUGCUUUGGGCGCCGCCGCCGUUUCGGUGGGUGGGCUGCUGUUCAAGGCCAGCGCCGCCUCCAAGGCAGCUGCCGCAGCGGGCAUUGCUGCUGUGGGCGCCUCCAAAUUGGGUCUGGGCAUCGCGGCUGCCAUCAAGCUGACAACCGCCGUUAUCGGCGUUGGCAAGCUGACAAUUCUACCAUUUCUAAUCGCUGCAAUUGCGUACUACAAUUACGAUCUAUUCGAUCCGGAGAAUCGACCGUUCAAUGUGAAGCAGGUGGAUUUGGCCUACGAUUUUAUCAUCAUUGGCGGUGGCUCGGCGGGAACGGUGCUGGCCUCGCGGCUAUCGGAGGUGCCGCACUGGAAGAUACUGCUGCUGGAGGCCGGCGGACAUGAGACAGAAAUAUCGGAUGUGCCGCUGCUCUCGCUCUAUUUGCACAAAUCCAAAAUGGACUGGAAGUAUCGCACACAGCCUCAGUCGACUGCCUGCCAGGCGAUGAAGGAUAAACGCUGCUGCUGGACACGUGGCAAGGUCAUCGGCGGCAGCUCCGUGCUCAACACGAUGCUUUACAUACGCGGCAAUCGGCGUGACUUUGAUCAGUGGGCAGAUUUCGGCAAUCCCGGCUGGUCCUACGAGGAGAUAUUGCCCUAUUUCCGCAAGUCGGAGGAUCAGCGCAAUCCCUACCUAGCUCGCAACAAACGAUACCACGGCACAGGUGGCCUCUGGACAGUGCAGGAUUCGCCGUACAACACUCCCAUUGGACCGGCCUUUCUGCAGGCCGGCGAGGAAAUGGGCUACGAUAUUGUGGACGUGAAUGGGGCACAGCAAACAGGCUUCGGUUUCUACCAGUUCAACAUGCGACGUGGGUCGCGCAGCUCCACGGCUAAAUCAUUUUUACGGCCGGCGAGACUGCGUUCCAAUCUGCAUAUUGCGCUCUUCUCGCACGUGACGAAAGUGCUGACAGAUCCGAAGACGAAACGCGCCACUGGGGUGCAGUUCAUCCGGGACGGUCGGCUCCAGAAUGUCUAUGCGACGCGGGAGGUGAUAUUGGCUGCCGGUGCCAUUGGCACACCGCAUCUGAUGAUGCUAUCAGGGAUUGGGCAUGGCGAGGAGCUCGGUAGGGUGGGCAUACCGCUGGUGCAGCAUCUGCCGGGCGUCGGCCAAAAUCUGCAGGAUCACAUAGCCGUGGGUGGGAUUGCCUUUCUCAUUGACUAUCCCAUUUCGAUUGUGAUGAAGCGCAUGGUGAAUGUGAAUACGGCACUGCGCUAUGCAAUUACCGAGGAUGGGCCACUGACGUCCAGCAUUGGACUGGAGGCGGUGGCAUUUAUCAAUACCAAAUAUGCGAAUGCCAGUGACGAUUGGCCUGACAUGAACUUCAUGAUGACCUCCGCCUCGGUGAUGUCCGAUGGCGGGUCACAGGUGAAGACUGCCCACGGUCUGACCGAUGAGUUCUACAAGGAGGUCUUUAGCGAGGUCAGCAAUCGCGAUGUCUUUGGCGUCUUCCCGAUGAUGCUCCGACCCAAGAGUCGCGGCUAUAUUAAGCUGGCAUCGAAAAACCCGUUACGCUACCCGUUGCUCUACCACAACUACCUCACGCAUCCGGACGAUGUGAAUGUGUUGCGCGAGGGCGUCAAGGCGGCAGUUGCCGUUGGUGAGACGCAGGCAAUGAAGCGUUUUGGUGCACGCUUCUGGAGCAAACCGCUGCCCAAUUGCAAACAUCUGAAACUGUUUACGGACGACUAUUGGAACUGUUUCAUUAGGCAGUACACGAUGACCAUUUACCAUAUGAGCGGAACGGCCAAAAUGGGUCCGCCCAGCGAUCCCUGGGCCGUGGUCGAUCCACAGCUGAGGGUGUAUGGUGUGCCCGGGUUGCGUGUCAUCGAUGCGAGCAUCAUGCCGGCAAUCACUAAUGGCAAUAUUCACGCGCCCGUCGUCAUGAUCGCCGAGAAGGGGGCCGAUCUCAUCAAGGAGCUGUGGCUCACGCCCGUCGCCCAGACGCAGGCGGGUCACAAGUGGCGCACAAAACGAUCGCUGAGUGCCAACAAUCAGACGCUCGCAGAGACAGUGCAUCAAUGGCCAUUACCAAGCUCGUAGCGGGUAGGGGAGAGGAAAGGGGUCAACUAUUAAACUGGCCCCUCAAUAAUAAUUGCUUAAAGUGGCAUUUCGACUUUAGAUAAAUCUUGGAGCAAGCGCUUUGAACUUUAACUAAGCUCAA